AUGGCGGCACAGGCAGCAAAGGCCGACGCUGCGAUGGCGCAUGCAGCGGCGGCGUCCCGCGACUACCGCGUCGCUCCUCGCCUCGACUACCGAACGGUGGCAGGCGUCGAAGGGCCGCUCGUCAUUCUGGAUGAUGUGAAGUUUCCCAUGUACAAAGAGAUUGUGAACAUCCACCUCGGAGAUGGAUCCGUCAGAGAGGGACAGGUCUUGGAGGUCCGCGGAAAGCGCGCGGUGGUUCAGGUGUUUGAGGGGACUUCUGGAAUCGAUACGCGGCAAUGCCACGCAGAGUUCACCGGGGACGUCUUGAAGAUGCCAAUCAGCGAGGAGAUGCUGGGGCGAGCUUUCAACGGGAGCGGGAAGCCGAUUGACCGGGGCCCGCGCGUUCUCGCCGAGGAAUUCCUCGACAUCGACGGCUGCCCCCUCAAUCCGCAGUGUCGUGUGUAUCCCAAGGAGAUGAUUCAGACGGGGAUCUCUGCGAUCGACGUGAUGAACAGCGUCGUCCGAGGCCAAAAGAUUCCGCUUUUCUCGGCUGCCGGGUUGCCGCACAACGAGAUUGGCGCUCAGAUAUGCAGGCAGGCGAGUCUGGUGGCGGGGAAAGACGUGAAGGACCACUCGGACGAGAACUUCGCGGUCGUCUUUGGCGCGAUGGGCGUGAACAUGGAGACGGCGCGAUUCUUCCGCCAGGACUUCGAGGAGAACGGCAGCAUGGAGCGCGUCGCGCUCUUUCUGAAUCUCGCGAACGAUCCGACAAUCGAACGCAUCAUCACCCCCCGCCUCGCUUUGACCACCGCCGAGUACCUCGCCUAUGAGCGGGAAAUGCACGUCUUUGUUAUCCUCACAGACAUGACGGCGUACGCUGACGCGCUCCGCGAAAUCUCCGCCGCGAGAGAAGAAGUCCCUGGGCGACGCGGUUACCCCGGCUACAUGUACACGGACUUGUCGAUGAUCUACGAACGCGCUGGACGCGUCGAGGGCCGCAACGGCUCCAUCACGCAGUUCCCUAUCCUCACCAUGCCGAACGACGACAUCACGCACCCCGUGCCCGAUCUUACUGGGUACAUUACAGAGGGACAAAUCUUUGUCGACCGUGGGCUCCACAACCGACAAAUCUAUCCCCCGAUCAACGUCUUGCCUUCCCUCAGUCGACUCAUGAAAUCCGGCAUUGGCCGAGGCAUGACUCGCGAAGACCACCCCCAAGUUUCCGACCAGCUGUAUGCGAACUAUGCGAUCGGGCAGGACACGCGGGCGAUGAAGGCUGUUGUUGGCGAGGAGGCUCUUUCGCCAGACGAUUUGUUGUAUCUGGAAUUCACCGACAAGUUCGAGAACCGGCUCCUCACCCAAGGCCCGUACGAGAACCGGUCCAUCUUCCAGUCUCUGGACAUUGCCUGGGAACUGCUGCGUAUCUUCCCCGAAGACAUGCUGAAGAAAAUCAAGGAAGAAGAACUCCGCAAAUACUACCCGCGCGACAAGUACCUGGAGGAGCAGGAACGCAACGACAAACGCGUACCGCCUUCAUGA